GUUAUACUUCAUACUUGGGUAACCAACAUCCUAGAUACAACACCUCGUCUUUAUAUCUCCAGGUAUAAAGUUGAACUAGCCUCCCCUGCACUAAAAUGCCGGGUCAUGUUAAACGUGGAGGAACUGGGGAUCCGGAUCCGGAUCCUGCUCCUUUCCUUUAUAUUUCAUAUGAGGAAAAGCAAAAGGAUUUGGCCCGUCCGUAUGAUCCUAAGAAGUCCUGUUGGUUUCCCCUGAAGGAAGGAGGGUUUGCUGAAGGCGUCAUUGAGCAGGCCGAGGGGGAUAAGGUUGUUGUGAAGUAUAAUGGAGAGAAGAAUCUGCUCCGAAAAGAUCAAGUGCAGCAGGUUAACCCUCCAAAGUUUGAGAGAUGCGAGGACAUGUCCAACCUCACUUAUCUCAACGAGGCUUCUGUUCUUCAUAAUCUGAAAGCAAGGUAUGUCUCCAAAUUGAUCUACACCUACUCUGGAUUAUUUUGUGUCGCCAUCAAUCCUUACAAGAGGUUUCCCAUCUACACUCCAACUGUUGUUAACAUCUACUUUGGAAAGCGACGAAAUGAGGUGCCACCCCAUAUCUUUGCUAUAGCAGAUGGGGCUUAUCAAAGCAUGAUCAACCAUGGAAAAAACCAAUCCAUCCUAGUUACUGGGGAAUCAGGGGCUGGAAAGACGGAGAACACCAAAAAAGUAAUUGGAUACUUUGCUGAGAUUGCUGCCAAUGAAAAAAACAAAAGCAAAUCUGUAUCACUGGAGGACCAAAUCGUUCAAACAAAUCCGAUUCUUGAAGCCUUUGGAAAUGCAAAAACUGUAAGAAAUGACAACUCAUCCAGAUUUGGAAAAUUCAUCCGGAUUCACUUCAACCAAUUUGGGAAAGUAAGUGGAGCAGACAUGGAGGUGUAUCUUCUUGAAAAGUCAAGAAUAACAUACCAGCAAACACUGGAGAGAGGAUACCAUGUUUUUUACAAUAUAAUGUCUAAUGCUAUUGCCACUUUGAAAAAGGAUUGCUGUCUUUCAAAUGAGAUCAAAGAUUACCACUUUGUCAGCCAAGGAAAGGUCACUGUGGAGAGUAUUGAUGACAAGGAAGACAUGAUGUUUGUGGACGAAGCCUUUGACAUUCUAGGAUUCUCAAAGGAAGAUAAACUUGAUGUCUACAAGAUUACUGCAGUUGUUAUGCAUCUAGGAGAAAUGAAGUUUAAGAAAAAGAGUAACAAGGAUGAUCAAGCUGAACCUGAUGAGGAGAAGGCUGGUAAGAAUAUUGGUACUCUAACUCAGCUUGAUCAUUCACUUCUUUAUGAUAACUUUGUACGUCCUAAAAUAAAGGUUGGUGCUGAAUGGGUAACCAAAGGACAAAACAUCACUCAAGCUCUUGCCUCUGUUUCAGCUAUUGCCAGGGCUCUGUAUGAGAAACUUUUCCGCUAUUUGGUGGACAGAUGUAAUGAAACUCUUGUUAAUCCAACGAUGAAAAGGGUCACAUUCAUUGGAGUCCUGGACAUUGCAGGUUUUGAAAUAUUUGAUUACAAUGGCUUUGAGCAGCUUUGCAUCAAUUUCUGUAAUGAGAAGCUUCAGCAGUUUUUCAACCAUCACAUGUUUGUGCUCGAACAAGAGGAGUACAUGAAAGAGGGAAUCGAAUGGGCAAUGGUAGACUUUGGAAUGGAUCUUCAGAAUUGCAUUGAUAUGUUUGAAAAACCAAUGGGGAUCUUGUCCAUUCUAGAGGAAGAAUCGUUGUUUCCAAAGGCCACGGACAAAACCUUUGAAGAAAAACUAAAGAAUAAUCAUCUGGGAAAGUCGCCAACUUUUCUAAAGCCAAAAGUUGGUGGACCAGAUAAAGAUGCCCACUUUGCAAUUGUCCACUAUGCAGGGACUGUUAACUAUAAUUUAACUGGAUGGCUAGAGAAAAACAAGGAUCCAUUGAAUGACUCAGUUAUCGAUAUUCUCAAGAACGGACCUAAUUCAACCUUAAAGAGAGUAUUGAAGGAUCUGUCUGGACACUCUACUGAUGACCAGGAACCUGGUAAAAAGAAGAAAGGUGGUGGUAAAACUGUAUCUUCAUUUUAUAAGGAUCAGCUCUUCAAUCUAAUGCAUACUCUUCACUCUACCGAACCCCAUUUUAUCCGUUGUGUUGUUCCCAAUACACACAAGGAAGCUGGCUUGAUUGAUUCUAUUCUUGUCAUGCAUCAACUUACCUGCAAUGGUGUUCUGGAAGGAAUUAGAAUCUGCCGUAAAGGAUUUCCCAACAGAAUGAUUUACAGGGACUUCCAAUCACGGUACAGUAUCUUGAGCCCAUCUGAGGUUAGAGCUAUCAUGUCUCCUCCUGCUGGCAAAAAACCUCAAUUUUCAAAUGAAGAAAAAAUGAAUCAGAGUAUGGCUCUAAUUCUACUGAAAACAGCUGGACUUGAGAAAGAAAAGUAUAGAUUAGGACACACCAAGGUAUUCUUUAGAGCUGGAGUUCUUGGUAUGAUGGAAGAGGUGCGGGAGGAAAGAGUAAACAAAAUUAUAACUUGGAUGCAAAGUUCAUCCAGAGGAGUGCUCUCAAGAUCACAAUUUGAGAAGCUGAAAACACAAAAGCAAGCACUGCUUUGUGUUCAGAGAGCCAUAAGAAAUUUUAUGGCUGGAAAACAUUGGCUUUGGUGGAAGUUAUGGAUUAAUGUUAAGCCAACUCUUAGGUGUUCCAAGUUUGCUGAAAUCAAAGAAGUACUUGAAGCAAAAAGAGCUGAGGCAGAAUCAAAGAUUCAAGCAGAAAAAGCUGCAAGAAAAUCAGCAGAGGCAAUUAAUGCCAGACUUGAGGAAGAGAGACAGGAACUGGAGAAAACACUGAAUGGGGGUGCCAAUGCAUUGCAUGAAGUUAAAGAAAAAGCAACAAAAGUUGAAAAUGCUAAAAGACUUCUAGAAAAUGAAGUUCUGACUUCAACCAAUCGUCUUCAUGAGGAGGAAGAAACUAACAAUCAGUUAUCCAACAGCAUGAAGAAAAUGGCCAUGGAUUUCAAAAAGAGGAAAGAAGACAUUGAAAUGAUGGAGCAUAAGCUUGCUAAAGCUACAGAAGAUAGACUUACAAAAGAGUCUCAAAUAAAGAAUUUGAAAGAUGAGCUCACCCAUCAGGAUGAACUGAUUGAAAAACUACAAAAAGAAAAGAAAUGCAAUGCUGAUGGACGUCAAAAGAUUGAUGAAGACUUGCAAGCAGCUGAAGAUAAAUCUAACCAUCUUAACAGGCUUAAGAUAAAACUUGAGCAAAAUUUGGAUGAGCUUGAGGAUUCAGUUGAAAGAGAACGGAAGUCCAGAUCUGAAGCUGAAAAGCUUAAGAAAAAAGCUGACAUUGAUUUGCGAAUCUCCCAAGAAACUGUUUCUGAACUUGAGAAAAGUAAAUCAGAAGUCAAUGUUGCAAUCCAAAUGAAAGAAAAAGAGCUGUGUGCCAUUCAAGCCAAGAUUGAAGAUGAGCAAAGCUUGGGAAGCAAGAUGCAAAAGCAAGUUAAAGGUUUAGUUGGACGACUUGAAGAGCUAGAAACAGACCUUGAGGGAGAAAGAAACAAUAGGGGAAAGGCUGAAAAAACAAGGCACACUUUGAGCAGGGAAAUUGAAGAUCUUAGUGAAAAACUUGAGGAGUCUGGAAAUGCUACUGCAGCUGCCAUGGAAGUCAACAAGAAGAGGGAGGCAGAGUUGUUUAAGCUGAAACAGGAGCUAGAUGAUUCUUCUCUACAACAUGAAACUAAUCUGGCAAACAUCAGGCAAAAGCACAAUAGCAUUAUUUCUGAUCUUGGUGACCAGAUUGACCAGCUUAACAAAAGUAAAGCUAAGCUUGAGAACAACAAAAAUAUUCUUAUGAUGGAACUAAACCAAUCUCGCCAUACGUUGGAGGAAAUGAAUAUGGAAAAAGCCAACAUUGAUAAAAACAACAAGAUGAUGCAAAACGACAUUGUGGAGUCUUCAAACAGACUUGAUGAUCUGUAUCAAAGUUUGAAUGAUGCUGAUAUUUCAAAGAAGAAGUUGGGUUUGGAAAAAACAGAUCUUGAAAAGCAAAUCCUGGAUGGUGAAAAUGAGAUAAGGAAUUUGUCCAAGAUGAAAACAUCCCUGAUGACUCAGUUGGAUGAUAUGAAAAGGCUUUCUGAAGCAGAAUCCAGGGACAAGGCUUUAUUAAUGGGAAAGUUCAAGGCUCUUGAAAAUGAUCUUGAAACAAUGAGAGAGAGAAUUGAUGAAGAGACUGCUUUGAAAGGAGAGUAUCAGCGACAGUUGUCCAAAGCUGCUGCUGAUACACAGAUUUGGAAGUCUAAAUUUACCACUGAAGCUUUGGCAAGAAUUGAAGAUCUUGACAAUGCAAAGUGUAAACUAAUUGCAAGAAUUAACGAAGCAGAAGAGUGCAUUGAGGGCCUGGGCUCAAAAGUAAAUACCACUGAAAAAAUACGAAAUCGCUAUCAAAUGGACCUUGAAGAUCUGCAAAUGGAACUGGAGAGAAUAAAUUCCUCAAUUUCAAUCUCUGACAAAAAGUUGAAAAACUAUGACACAGUUGUCGGGGAAUGGAAAUUAAAAUGUGAAGACAUCAGUGGAGAAUUGGAAGCAAGCCAAAGAGAAUGUAGAAACCUGAACUCUGAGCUAUUUAGACUGAAGGCCGCCUGGGAUGAAGGUGUUGAGAACCUUGAUGCUGUAAGGAGAGAGAAUAAAAACCUCUCUGAAGAAAUAAAGGAUCUACUUGAUCAACUUGGUGAAGGAGGAAAGUCAAUUCAUGAACUUGAGCGUCAACGUAGAAGGCUUCAGGUUGAAAAGGAUGAGUUACAAGGAGCUCUUGAGGAAGCUGAGUCAGCUCUAGAACAAGAAGAGAAUAAAGUGGUUCGUGCUAGUCUAGAGCUUCAACAAAUCAAACAGGAAGUGGAUAGAAGACUUCAGGAAAAAGAGGAAGAAUUUGAAAUAACUAGGAAGAACUUUCAAAGAACUAUUGACUCGAUGCAGGCGUCUCUUGAUGCUGAGAUCAAAGCGAAGCAGGAAGCAGGGAGAAUAAAGAAGAAAAUAGAGUCAGAUAUCAAUGAGCUUGAAAUGUCCCUUGACCACGCUAACAAAUCUAACUCGGAGGAGUCAAAGCAAAUUAAAAGAUAUGCUGGUAACUUGAUGGAGAUAGAAGGAACUUAUACUAACUGCCUAAGUCCUCAGCUUACAGUCCCUUUACUAAAUGUAAUUAAAGGGAAUGGUUUGCACGGCGAGGUUGAGGAGGCCCGAAUGCUGCUUGAUACUGCGGAUAGAGCUAGGAGAGGAGCUGAAGCAGAACUUGUGGAGUGUAGGGAAACAAUUAGUGAGUUGAGCCAGGCGAACACCUCCCUGCAGUCAGAUAAACGUCAGAUUGAAGUAAUAGUUCGAGGACUACAGCAGGAGAUAGAUGAUCUUCUCAUCAGCGUGAAGAACUCUGAGGAGAAGAGUAAGAAAGCUAUAUCGGAUGCUACCCGACUAGCUGAGGAGUUAAGAACAGAACAGGAGCAUGGAAUAACAGCUGAUCGUCUGGCUAAAUCCAGCCAGGCGCAGUGCGCAGAACUUCAGAUAAGACUAGAAGAUGCUGAAGCUAUUGCUGCCAGCUAUGGUAGAAAGAUGAUUGCUAAGCUUGAAGAGAAAAUACGAAUGCUUGAAUCUGAACUGGGAACUUGCCAAAUAAGGUCAGCUGAGACUCACAAAGCUGCUCUAAGAACAGAUCGUAAGAUCCGUGAGCUAGAGUUCCAAGGUGAAGAGGAGAAGAAAAAAUUCCAAAAACUCGGAGAAAUCGCGGAAAAGUUACAGGAUAAGACGCGAACCUAUAAGAAGCAGAUUGAAGAGGCCGAAGAGAUUGCAGCUUUAAAUCUUGCAAAAUUCAGAAAAGCUCAGCAGCAGCUUGAAGAGGCUGAAGAGCGCAGUACUUCCUCUGAGCAUCUGAUGGGACGAAUGAGGGUUGAAAGAGGAGGAUCAGUGGCUAGAUACAACGGCUAUUAGGCCUAGAUGGACGGAUAUGAAGACGACCUCUGCAAGAACACGGACUAAGAAAGACCUAGAUGGACGGAUAUGAAGACGAUCUCUGAAAGAAUACGGACAAAGAACGGCCUAGAUGGACAAUCAUGAAGACGACCUUUCCACUUUUAGAUGGAUAUGAAGACGACCUUUGCAAGAAUACGGACUAAGCUUUAAACACUCAUUUAUUGUCACUUUGAUUAUAUGUAUUUAUUCUUUGUACUUAAAAACAACUUAUGUCGACUAACUCAAGCAACAAGAAAAAAAACGAAAAAAAAAAAACAUUUUUCUACAAUCUAAUCUCUGUGUAUUUGUUUAUAUCUUAUUGAAUGUUAUGCCACCAAUAAAUUAUGCAUCCAUAAAAACUA